GAGCCCAUACAUACGCGAAUUCAUCAGUGUGCGAUCGACUAUUGGCAUGGUGGUACCCAAAUGGCAACGCACACUAAAUGUCUGUCUUCUUCUUCCAGCUCUAACAGAGAAGACUGAGAUGACGUCUCUUCGCAGCAUGCGUUCAUUCAGGUUCGUUCAACCCGUCCGUUCAACGUGUGGUACAGCACGCAGGACAGUACUCUACACUUGCACCAUCUCGAUCAUAAGCUUCGCAUAAUGCACAUCAGUGAGUCUCCCACCGCACCCAUGGAUCUUUUGUACCACCAGCGUCGUGCAGUCCAGCCUCAUACUAAUCCCCAGAGCGCAAUCAGACGUCCAUAUGAACAAGCAAGAAUAUGGAUGGAUCGGACGUGACAAUGAACUGACAACGUAACAGCAGACAUAUCUAAACUUCUCAGGAGCAACAAAAGGAAAAGACGGAAGAAGGCCACAUAUCGACUCCAGACAAAGCGACGACAUUCCCAGGAAUCCUGAAGGCCAUCCCGUGAUCGAACAGAAGCCCCCAAAGAGCGACAGACCCAUCAGCAGAUCUGGAACUGAUCCAGGUACGCCUAACCCACUUUAAUCGCCUCCAGAACUCAGCUCUGCCACUGUGGCCUGUUCUAAUCAGAAAACAAGAAGUCCCCCUUCUUCACGAAGUGGUUGUCCUUCGACUCUCAACUCUACACCCUGGCGGUCGCUAAUAACAGUAAUGUUUAUGGCAAUCACCGUCAUUUACGGAAAAGGGGGGUAGGUACAUUUGACUUCCGCCCAGCCUUCAAUGUGGGUCGGACAGCGGCACCAACACCUCCCACUCAGAACCGAUUGGGCUGAUUGAUCUCAACCUAACGGUCUCCCUGGCGAGAGUGGAGGAUCUAUCUCCCUCCGUCCUCCCCCCUUGUGCGAGGCAUACUUGCCGAGGACCUCCCCUCCUGGAACGACGGAAGAAAAACGGUACACGACCAACUUUCCUCGACGUCCUCAAAAUUCUGCUCGGUCAGCUGGAGGAAUCGAAGCCCGUCCGUCCGUUCUAGUUUGCGUUUUCACCGCGUGGCGGCGUGAGCAUCGGUGGCGCUCUUCUCACCUGUCCCGCUCUGAGGGACCACGAGUAAUAGGGGCAGUGGGAUCGUGCGAAGGGGACUCUACGGCGCCUCUUGUACAUGUGUGCUUCUGGCACGGUGUGUGGUGCGAGCUUAUGGAUGUGAUCGGAGCUCCAGGGUUGUGAUUGGAACGGUGGAUUGCCUCUGCAGCGUCAUCGCCGUUGUGCUUCCUGGUGAUGCUAGUGGUGGUGCCGCGUUCGAUGUUGGACGGAACUGAUCCGGCGUGGACUGAAGGGGGAUCGGCGCUGGGACAUGGAACAGGAGACGGACCGCGCGCGGCGGAUAUGGCUGACUUUCAAGAUGUGUGGCAGGACAUCGAGAGCGUCCUGUUGGGCGACAUCUCUCCGCGAGAGCACGGUUCGCACAAGCACUCUCCACCGUCCAGGACCUGUGGCCAACUCCCGCGAAGUCGAGGUCAUCAACAGGAGGCGCCCGUCCGACCUCCGGUGGCGGGAGGUAUCCUGGCGAGUGCACUGACAUCACCGAAACCCAACACCCCAAGCAUAUCACAUAACCAACAGUCACCUCCUGACCACUCGACCAUGGGCCAACCGGCUUUUGUCACCCUCGAUUUUGACCUGAUGCUGAACUCCGACAGCGCUGCGCUCUACCCGGAGGAAACCUACGCCACAGAACCGGAACCCGCACAAUCGACGUACGCCAACCCUGGGAUGAACGCCACGACGACGACGACGACGACAGCGCCCACGUAUCAGACGCCGUCCGUCAAACUGGAAGCACCUUGCUUCACGUACAAUUCCACCUGGAACGGUUACCCGGGCGCCAACGCAGUACAAGUACCCCCCUCAAGUCAAAUGUCGCCCCCCGCGUCGCCAGAGCACAGCCAGUUGGUUCAAAAGCUUCUAGAUUCAUCGUACAAGUUGCAGUCCUUACAUCAGAUGACAGCACCGACCUCCUACCAGCAACCAUCGCCGCAAGCGUUAACACACACUCCUCCACACUUGCGAAUGGUAACGCCACCGUCGUCGCCGAGGUUAGCGGACCUUCUAAACGCCGGAAGCAACCUGGUCAACCAACCUGCGCGUUUCUCGCCCAUUCCGUCCGAAGUCCAGAUGGGAAGCAUGGGAGACCCUUUCUGUCGCUCGUCGCCAACGCUCAGCCCCAACAACAAGAAGUGCCGGCGGACGCUGGGCAGGAAGAAAGUGACCAUUCACACUUGCUCACACCCGGGGUGCAGCAAGAGCUACACAAAGAGCUCUCAUCUCAAGGCCCACCUGAGAACGCAUACGGGUGAGAAGCCGUACCAGUGCAACUGGAAGGAGUGCGGAUGGAAAUUUGCACGUUCCGACGAACUCACGAGGCACUACCGGAAGCACACCGGGGACCGACCGUUUCAAUGUCGACUGUGUGAACGAGCGUUUUCGCGUUCAGAUCACCUGUCCUUGCACAUGAAGAGGCAUACUUCGGUGUGAGGCUCUUCUCCAAAGUGUCUAUAUAAUUAUUAUUGACUAUCAUCGCGGGAGUGUUCGCAGACAGAUCUCCAAACCGUGUUGUGAACUGUCCCGUUACAGGAACGCAUAGGCCUUAAUGGUUCUGUCAUCAUUCCAAACAAAUAAACUGUUGGUGUGCGUCAGAACUCUGCGGAACUGGUACAAAAACAGUGCUUGCCUUUACAGAUGAUGCCUUGUUUUCUUUUGCUGUCGUUAGUGCUUUAUCAAGAUAUGUGUGUGCCUUAGUCUUGUGCCGUCUAGCUCGUCUUUUCUGGCAGCAGGUUCGCUCUCGAAUCCCAGUUGCCCCAGAACAUAGCCAUAAGCCACAGUACACCUACACAAAUCUCGGUUAAUUCCUUCGUGAGCAGUCGUUCCAUGGCUGCACUGCCAGAGUGCGUCGCAUUGGAAGACCCCAUGGUACUAAAACUGGAAACGAAGUAAGGCAACGGCAAUCCUUUGCUAGAGUAAGUAUUUUCUAGCAGUAUAAGAACGCCUGAAAGUGAAGAUUUCCCACGGGAAACGUACUGACUAAGGCCUGUCUCACACGAACUUUUUUCUCCUCCCUGUUUUUAACGGAGGCAAAACUGACCCAUUGGAACCUACGGGGCUCGGGGACGUGUGAAAGGGCCUAAAAGCACAUUCCGAAACGUCUUCGUGGAUAUGUGACGACAGUUGGCACUGUCACGGUGCUUGACAGACAAAAAUAACCCGUAUGAGAAAGUGACAACUCUCGUCCUAUCCCAGUCUUUCUGAUCACGCCCCUCAGUGUGAUGUCUGAAGGUACUUGUGCGUUCGUUCGUCUAGCCUAUGCUAUCUAAGCGUGUACAUUUAACGCACCUGUUUUGUUUAUAUGGCUUUCUUGCAGGUCUCCGUUUCCAAUGUUGCGCGUCCGUUUCAUGUCGUUGAUAGUUGUGUGUAAUUAUUGAGCUUUCUCAUAGGAAAGGAAGCAUAUUUUGUUGCAGAGAUGAGAUAUUUUAUUGUGUAAAGCGUUCGACCUUUGUUCGAUUAUAUUCUGCUCGCGAUUUUAGUGUGUGCACGUGAUCUGCUAUAGUGCCUGUAUACGAGAUUACAUGACAGAAGAUGUUAUACGAAUUGAUCAGUCAGCGCACAUGAUAGGCGCAAAAUAUUUAAGAAUUUUUGUGGGAAAAUCUUUCUUCAAUGUGCAAGGUAUAUAGCUGUACAGUAACAAGAUGUAUGUGCAACGUGAAAGCUAAGAUAUAUUUCGUAUAAAGCUAUCGAAGCAUU